CUGCAAUGUACGGAUUCAGUUCCGUGUGAGACAGAUUAUAUACCCGCAAAUUUUACCCAUAAUUCAUCUACAUAUUUUUACAAGUAUGGCGCCUACUGCUGAGGGGAUGGAAGAUAAAGGUCAAAGCAAUAUCAUCCUCUUCAAUGCUACGAAGAAGGAACUGUUUACACCAAGCAGUGGAUUCAAAACAUUGAACAGAAAACUUAGGUCUACUUGGAAGAUCAACAUAAAUAAAGAUGAAAUCACAGAUGAGAAACUGGCAGGAGUUCGGAUAUUUGUGUUGGCUGGUAGUAGAGAAAAGUUCUCUCAAGCUGAGUUUGAUGUGAUGAAACGUUUUAUGGACACUGGAGGCAGUCUUCUGGUUAUGACAGGAGAGGGUGGAGAGACAAGGUUUGAUACAAAUAUCAACUUCUUCCUGGAGGAAUUCGGCAUUAACGUCAAUACAGAUGCUGUAGUGAGAACGUCAUACUACAAAUAUUUCCACCCAAAGGAGUGUUUGAUCUCCAACGGUGUCUUGAACAGAGCUAUAAGUCAAGCUGCAGGCAAGAAUAUAGGGUUUGGUGAUGAAGAAAAUAAUGCCACAGCACUGCAGUUCCUAUAUCCAUAUGGUGCCACUAUCACUGCAAUGAAACCAGCCGUAGCCAUUUUAUCUACAGGAGGAGUCUCAUUCCCUCUCAACAGACCAGUCUGUGCACUAUAUAGCCAUAGGAGUUCUGGCAAGUUGGCAGUGAUGGGAUCAGUACACAUAUUUCACGACCAGUACAUAGAUAAAGAAGAAAAUAGCAAAAUACUGGAUGUUUUGAUACGAUAUUUGACCACAGAUGAGAUAAAACUGAAUGUUAUUGAUGCAGAAGAUCCAGAGAUAUCGGAUUACAAUACAUUACCAGAUGUUUCAAAGAUAUCAGAGAAUCUGAAGACGUGUUUACAGGAGAGUGAUGACAUUCCACGAGAUAUCACCUCAUUGUUUGAUAACUCUCUCUUUAAACUGGAUACCAGUCUAGUCCCAAAGUCUAUCAAAGCUUUUGAACAGACCAAUACCAAGCAUGAACCUCUCACGUUGAUCACGCCACAGUUCGAAACACCUUUACCGCCUCUACAACCAGCUGUUUUUCCACCACAAUUCAGAGAGUUACCUGCCCCUUCCUUAGACUUGUUUGAUUUAGAUGAACAGUUUUCAUCAGAGAAAGUUAGAUUGGCUCAGCAAACAAAUAAAUGCACGGAUGAUGACCUUGAAUACUAUGUACGAGAAUGUGGAGAUAUUCUUGGUGUGACCCAGAAUCUUGCACAGGAAGCACGUGAUGCUAAACAUAUUAUAGAAUACAUCUUUACUCAAGUUGUAGAGUUCAAGAAAUUGAAUCAGGAGACAGAUUUUGAUACGAAUCCAUAUGGAGGUGGGGGAGGUGCUGACAUGCUUGCUAUGUAGUGAAUGGACAUUGUGUUUCCUGACAAAAGUAGACUGUGAUAAUAUUUCCAAUGGCUGGUACUCAGCUUUCAUCAAUCUUAACAGCUGUUUACUGGUGUCAGUAUGCAAGACCUUGAAGAAAAUGCAAAACAAAUUUGUCAGAAACCCAUCUUUGGCAUAUAUAUGUAUUAAAGCACUUUGUGUGGUACACUGUACUCUAGAUUUAAACCAAAUGCAUAUGCACAAUUUUAUGAGUUUCAUCGAUUUUUGCUUUAAGUAAAUAAGGAGUAUCGUUACAUUUUUUUCUAGCAUCAAGAUUUUUCAAGUUUGUGUAAAAGAAUUGCAGUUUGUUAAAUUCAUUUUCUGCAGCAGUUAAAAUUCUUUUGGUAGACAGACUUACUGUGUCAGAGUACUGAUUAAAGUUUGAUUAAUUUAUAUUAUAAUAACAACUGACCAUACUGUUGUGCAGCUAAAAGUCUUUCAGUCUCUUUAUGUUAUUGCCUGUAUAAAGUGUCAAAGAAAUGCUUUUGGACAGAAAAAAUUUGGUCCAUCCACAAAAUAAGAAUAUAAAUUGUAAUGCAUGUACACAUAUCUCACUUUAAUAAGCCAUAAAAUAACGUAAAUCUGAGUUUUCAUGAAGACGUGUUUUUUCGAAAAGAAAAUUCAGAAACUCAAAAUUUGCAAAAAUGAAUCUCUUGCAAAUAGUUUUGAUUUUACAGUGUGUGAUUAGAUACUUUUGUCACAUAAUCAGACCUAUAAAAUUUCGUAUUGAUCCAUUAAAAGGCGUAAAUUAUGUGCUGUCUGACCCUGUUACAUAUACAUUAAAACCUGUCUUAAUCAUCCAGCCAAGGGAGUGAGAAAAAGUUAAUGCAGAUAAUUUAUAGAAUGAAUGACCAUUUUGGGAAAUGAGACACUGGCUGCUUAAGACAGGUUGGCUGCUAAAUAGAGGUGACCGCUAAAGCAGGUUUUACUGUAUCAGUAUGCCUAGCAAGAAGAAGCAGGUUGUAUGCUGAGUUACUGUUUUAGUGGUGUAUUUGGAACAACAAUGUUUUUUUGUUGUUAAUAAGAUGUGACUAAUGAAAGAACUUAGAACGAGCUGUAUCUGUAUUAACAUUAUGUUCAGGUUCAUGCGCAAUGUCCAUGUUGAAUGUGACCAGUUGUGUAAUAAGUACAACGUACCUGAGUUGUAUGACUUAAUGGCAAGUUCUCAUAUAUAAUUUUGUACAUUAUGAAGGGUAUUUGCCUUUUAGAUCUGAGAGACAGCAUUUGUAUGAUUUUAUGUUUUCAUAAUUGUUUAUUUAUUAGUGUAAAUAUUGUAUUUUCACAUACAUGUUAGUUUUUUUUCAUAUCAUUUUUAUAUACAUGUAAUUUGUCCUCAGUUUAUUGUUAGUGCUUGAUCUAGAGGUCGUAAUUCUAAAAUUGUGUGUCCUUUCUCCUGUUUUGGAGAUGCUAAAGUUACUUUCUUAGUAAAAGGUCCAUAUUGUUAUUGAUUUCAAGGAAACAUUGAUACUGAAGAUUUUUCCCAGCAUCUUUAAUGAAUACAGGCUAAGUUUAUGGGCUUAAUAUUUGGUAAACAUUUUUUUUUAUAAAUUUUCAUUGUAUUUUUAGAACUUAAAUUUUAGUUGUAAAUGGCAGAUGUUAUGUUAAUAAUUACUAAGUACAGGGAAGAGGGAAUCUUACCCAGGUCAUAAACUGGUUACUUUAAACAUAUCAUAAUGACAAUUUGUCCGUCCAAAUAUUUCAGAUUUGAAAUUAAAAUUUAUCACUAUC